GCUGCUGUCGAGGAGUGGGUGAGCCAUUGCCAACCCUGCCAGGAGUCACGCCCGGAGAUGCCACGGGCCCCGACCCAGCGCUGGGAGUCUACCCACACACCCUGGUCCCGCAUCCACAUAGGCUUUGCAGGGCUGCUCCAGGGUAAGACAUUCUUGAUUAUCGUGGACUCCUACUCCAAGUGGCUGGAGGUGGUUGACAUCGGUUCCAUGACCUUGAGUGUGGUCAUCCGUGAGCUGCGCAAGGUCUUCGCAACCCACGGCUUGCCCGACACCGUGGUCUCCGACAAUGGGGCCCAAUUUACGUCCUCCGAAUUCAAAGACUUCCUGGCCAAGAAUUUGAUCCGCCACACAACCUCAGCCCCAUUCCACCCCGCCACCAAUGGGCAGGCGGAACGGAUGGUCCGAAAGACAAAGGAUGCGUUAUGGCCCAUUGACCGCCAUGACUGGGACAGGGGGCUAGUGGACUUCCUCUUAGCUCAGCACACCACACCCAACUCCACGACCGGCAACAGCCCUGCAGAACUCCUCAUGGGUCGGCGGCCGAAAACGCUGCUCGACUGGCUGCACCCUGACCUGGCGCCUGAGUACCCGGGCCACAAGGACUCAACCGCCACACUGAGGGUCAUUGAGCAGGACGACCCUGUGCUCGCUCGGAACUACGGAGCGGGCCCCGCCUGGAUCCCAGCCACGGUCCAGGACACCACCGGCCUGGUCCAGGACACCACCGGCCCGGUAGCCACCCCGGAGGGGCGCGUUCUGCGGUGCCACAUCGAUCAGCUACGCCGCCACCCUGCCAACUUGCCAGAAGCAGCCACGGUUCCAGCGCUGCUGCCGACCCCCGUCACCAGAGAGCUGGAACAGCCGGAGCGCCCAGAGCCACCGUUGCCGCUGCCUGUGACGGAUAACACCGACGACCCAGCCACCGAGGGUGAGAUUGAUCCGGCGCCAACGGACCGUCCAACGGUCCCCGUCCCGGCACCGCGCCGUUCCCAGCGGAAUCGCUCAUGGCCGAGCUACCUCCAAGACUUUGUGUGCUCCUAG